CACACACUGUAGCUGUGUCAGGAAGCUGUGGAGGCUCCUUUGACUGAGUUGCAGAGGUGAGGAGGCAGUUGCCCUUUGCCGUGACCCUUCCCCAGGCCCGAGUGUGUGGGUGGGUUUUUAUUUUUCUGUGUGCGUGCAGUGCGCUGGAGAGCAGGCGGCACUUAGAAUGGGGCUCUUUAUAACCUCCUCACCCUCUGGUCCUGUUUGCACCCAUUGUUGGUCACAGUGAAUGGUAUCUCCGUGCCUCGAAAUGUUACCAGAUGACAUUCUUCCUGUUGUUGGAAAGGGCUCGGGGGUUGUGUUGUGAAAAGCAGCUGAAAGGAUAGACUCAGAUUGUGACCUUCACAGGCUAAUCUCUGGCAUGUCAUUCACUGCGCUGUUUGUAGCAAAUGCAGACCUCUCAGCAAUAGUCAAUCGACAUUCAAAUUCCUAAUUCCGUGUUCAACAUUUUCACUCUACAGGCCUAUAAGUUCCCUACUGAAUCAAUAUUCAAGGCAGGCAGUGCGUCUGACAGCUACAUUGUCCAGACAGUCUGUCCAGCAUAUGAGUGAAACUUGUGGCAUCAGCAGCCCCCCUGCUCCACACCAUUCUGAAAUACGACCACUGCUGCAAAUUGAAAAGCACUUAUUGAGGCUGUAAGCAUCUGUGCAGCCCUCCAACUUGUUGUUUAUGUCUUCAGCAAGUGGCGUUUCCUGGAAUGUGCAGCAGCGCAGUUGUCACUCCGCGGGGGGGGGCUCUAAUCACGGUUCAUAGUUCAACUCUAGUUAUUGUUUUGAAAGGCGAGGAUCACACUUGAUACCAGUAUUAACAGGAUGUUCUGUUGCAGCAUACAAGCAGAGCUUUUAGUUUCAGGUACUUAAAGAUGGUUUAAAAUGUGAACCGGAGUGAUUUAUUGUCUGCCCUUUAAGCAGCGAAGCUUUAAAUCUAAAAUUAGGUAUUUCAUAACAACCUUAACGAGAUUCUCUUAUGCUUACUGUAGCAACUCAUUGUGCUCUCUGGAUUGACUUUUUUUGUAGUAGAAUAAAAAAUAUACUUUGACUUAUUUUUAUUUUUUGGGGAAGGGUUAUGUAUUCACUCGUCUGAUCGAAGAGCUGUUCUCACUCUCAGCCCUGUGUUGAGGAUGUGCCACCUGUAUAGGGUUAAGAUUUGGGUCAGAUCUCUCCCAGGAGUCUCAGGGGCCCCUUUUUUGUGGCAGAAGGGACUGACAUGGAACAUGCCACAGAAAGAAAAGCUGUCAGGUUUUUAGGGCUUCUUUUGUCUGACAUCUUUCAAUGAUAAAAUGAUUGGCAUAGCUCCUGCCAUUUCCCCCUUUUGUUUGCACCCUUUCAGUCUCAGAGCAGAUAAUAAAAUUGACCAUUACAGUAUGUGUAAUGUGUUCGCAGCCUGCGAACACACAAAACCACAAGGCUGUUUACAAAGGAAGCAUUGAGUUAGAAAAGGAAAAUGUCAACUUUUAUCACGCCACUGCACAAGCAUUUUGCAUUAGUCGGAAAAUAUCCCCUGAAGUAGUGCUACAGCCAGCUGUACAAUUGGAUGGGGAUGGAAGUGGGGUGGGGGUACAAUUUGAAAGACAUUCUUAUAAGUAUUCAUGUGCAAGGAGUCCUGAGGCAGGUCGUGUUGCUGUGUGACAGGCAAGCAUUCGUCUCGCUGAGUAGCUCACUUCCCGAGUCUCAUUGCAGGGAUUCGAGUGUCGGCUUUCUGUAAUUAAUAGCCAAUAGCCCCCACACCCAUCACGAGACCAGGUGCUGCCCGGAUCAGGUCCGGUCUGGUGGGUGCAAAGCAAUGACGUUUCUCCUUGUAUACAUAUCGGCUGACUGUGUACAUAGAAACAAGCAGGUCGGAGCCAAAACAAAGAGAGCUUUAAUCAUUCCUGUGAAUUUUAAUGCCGCACUGCUGACGGAAAGCUUAUGUGGUUCGUUUAGUCGACUUUGUGUCAAGCACCAUUCCACUCAUGUCCUGUGCUGUUUAGCAGAGCUUGCGGCUCUGACAGAUUGCCGUCCCGAUGGGGAGAUUUAUCCAGCCAGUACUGCCAAAGGCACUGACACCAUCAUUAGGCUUUGAUCAGCUGCAGUCUGCGAGAGGAAGAGGAGAGAGUAAUAUUCUUGAUCUAAUUACUCUGAGACAUUUCAGGCAAUGUAAUAUGUGAUUUAACCUCUUCUCAGAGGCUAUAAAAGGAAGCUGGGUUAAUCUUUCUGGCAACCUUGUUUCCACGCAGGGGAGAGUGCCUUAAAUUUCCCUUUCCCAUGAAGCCGGUAAAAGCCAGUGUGACGGUACAGUUUGUGCUCGGAGUGCUUCGAGAUUCCUCUGACCUUUCUUUUAAUGUGAGCAGCAGGGCUGUGUGCAUUUAGAUGCUGAAAAAGCGUGUGUGCAUCCUCCAAAUAGAUUGUUUUGCAGGCCCUUUUAUUUCCCCGCUCCUCUCUUUUCACUCUGCAGAGUGAUGAGUUGCGGAGAUUUGAUUGAACAAAUAGAUUGCAACUGGAAUGGAGGGCUUUGGGUUAAUCAGUCAAACAUAGUUAAACAAUUCUUUGGACAUGAAGAGAUUAGUCUUGCCUGCCCUGAGCUCAUCAGAGCCCUUUCUCUCAAGCGCCGGCUAGGCUUUUGGGGCCAAGGGCCACAGGCUGUGGCCUGGCCUGCUCCAUGGAGAAGCACACAUUCAGCCCUCAGCAUGCUCCAUUGCUUCUGAAUGCCCCACGACUCUCCUCUCUGCCUUUGUUACCCAGCACAAUUGCAGUGAUGGAUUAGCAAAUUAAAUGCAGACCUUUCUAUUCAUGGCCACCCUCUUUGCAAAGUCUUCUCAGGAUCAAUCCCACACCUAUUCUCAGCUCGUUAACUGUGUGUAUUUUAACUUUCAUUGUCAAAACUACUCCACUGAGCCUUGGCCAUCAUAAAGUCUCUGGGCAUCUUUUGUACUCAGGCUUAAAUCUUGGACUUUGUCUUCCAUUUUUAUGACUAAGCGUUGCUCACACUGAUGCAUAGUGACCAUGACAUGAUGAUAAAUGACCUCUGUCACUUCUUCCUCCAUGUCUUUAAUGGCACAAGGAUAAUAUGGACAUGCCUUAUCCAGUGCCCCUUUCCGAAACCUAAACUUCGCUUGUUUAGAAAGCGGCACAUUCCUGUCAACCAAUCUUGCGAAGCUUCAAAUUGAUAACACGUGCUGCUAGUCAAAAAGUGAGCAGACAAUGAACAAAAUUUAAGAAAUACAUUUGGAAGCACGUGCUGUGAUUUAGCUAGCUCACAGAUCCCCCGCUGGACCCCCUGCAGUUUGCCUACCGAGCGAACAGGUCUGCGGACGAUGCAGUCAACAUGGGACUGCACUUCAUCCUAGAGCACCUCAACAGUGCAAGGACUUACGCGAGGAUCCUGUUCGUGGACUUCAGCUCAGCGUUCAACACCAUCAUCCCUGAACUCCUCUCCUCCAAGCUUCUCCAGCUCAGUGUCUCGCCUGCCAUCUGCCAGUGGAUUUACAACUUUCUGACGGGCAGGACACAGCAGGUGAGGGUGGGAGAGACCACCUCAUCCACGCGCAGCAUCAGCAUUGGGGCGCCCCAAGGUUGUGUCCUCUCUCCGCUGCUCUUCUCUCUCUACACGAACGACUGUCAAACUGCUGAAGUUUGCAGAUGACACCACAGUCAUCGGCCUCAUCUAAGACUGUGACGAGUCUGCAUAUCGACAGGAAGCGGAGCGGCCGGAGCUGCGGUGCGGCCGACGCAACCUGUAGCUGAACUCGCUCAAGACUGUAGAGAUGAUCGUGGACUUCAGGAGGCAUCCUUCGCCACAGCUGCCCCUCAAGCUGUCCAGCUGCCUUGUGUCAACCGUCGAGACCUUCAAGUUGCUGGGAAUUACAGUCUCUCAGGACCUGAAGUGGGCGAUCAACAUCAACUCUGUCCUCAAAAAGGCCCAGCAGAUUAUGUACUUCCUGCGGCUUCUGAGGAAGCACGGCCUGCCACAAGAGCUGCUGAGGCAGUUCUACACAGCGGUCAUCGACUCAGUCCUGUCAGUCUGGUUUGGACAAUCAAGACUGCAACGGACAAUCAAAACUGCUGAAAAGAUUGUCGGUACCCCCCUACCCACCCUUGAGGACUUGCACGCUGCCAGAACUAAGACAAGAGCGUGCAAAAUCCUCUCGGACCCUCCGCAUCCCGGUCACCGGCUCUUCCGGCUACUUCCCUCAGUGUGAGGAGAAGUGUGUGCCCCAUGUUGCAUUAGUGUCUGUGUGAAAUGCUGGCCUGUCUGCCAGGGCCAGGUGACCUCCCCCUCCAGCAUCUCCCCCACACGCAGAUGAACACUGGACUUCAGAAAUGGGACACCACACAAAGGAUGAGAUCCACUCCGUUCCCAAGCCCUGCAGAAUUGGAUGCCUAUGCUAAGAAAGUUGCCAACAAUCCGCUCACCAUCAAAAUCUUCCCCAACAGUGUCAAAGUCCCGCAGCGGAAUCACGUCCGGCGUACCGUCAACGGGCUGGACACAUCGGGCCAGCGCUACAGUCCUUACCCUUCCUCUCAGGCCAACGCCAAGACUGGCCUCCUCGCCAUCGUCAAGGUGCCCACCGUCAAAGGCAUCCUCAAAGACUUCGCCGGCAGCCGGGCUCGCUUGCACCCCGAAGUCAUCAUGAACCACCUGAGCGGCGGACCUUACCAAGUGGCUUCGACCAGCACUUUAAACCACCACCACCACCUGACUCUGCCAAACCUUCCCCAACCUCAACAGAGCCUAGCCCUGCAAUCCCAGGACGCACCUCAGACUCUCCAGAUGCCACUCGCUCAGCAACAAAGCCUCAGACAUCCUCUCCCCAUGGCCCAGCACUCUCAGGGCCCAACUAGACUGCAGACUGUCUCUCAGCACCCAUCCCUCGGCCACCCGCACGUCCCCUCUGCUGUCCUACUUCAGCAGCAGCAGCAGCAGCAGCAGCAGCCGCCGCCUGGCCUGCAGGCGAGCAGAAAGCUGCCAGAUGGCGACGCACCACCUAACGUGACCGUCUCUACCUCAACCAUUCCCCUCCCUAUGGCCACGGGGCUGCACCAGGGCCGCCAGCCAGACCUGAGCACCAUCAUGCACCAGAUCAACCAGUUCUGCCAAGCUCGGGCCCAAGGCGCCGGGUCGGCGUCCGUGUGCGAGGGCCAGAUCGCCAACCCCAGCCCCAUCAGUCGCAACCUGCUUAUCAGCGCUUGCUCCAGGGUGUCCAUGCACAACAACCCCGCCGCCGGCUUCCCCCAGCACAACUGCAUGAUCGGCCCUCGAGAGAAAGCAACUAUCCCGAUGGGGGCCCACCCUUUACCCAGUGUGACCAUGAACCACUUGCCUUCCAACCACACAGAUCUCAAGCAGCAUCAGCACCCCCAGCAGCAGCUGCAGUUGCAACCCAACACACAACAACAAAAGAUGCGCUCUUGGAAUCAGCAUCAGUUGAGCCAUGUGCCCCAUAUUCAGAACAGUUGUAAGCAGCCUAGCAGGGAAGCCGCCUUCCACUUCAAGGGAAUGGGCUACCCUGCCGACAUGUGCGUGGGUCAGCCGUACAUGCUGAAACCUCCUCUAGAUAGGCCAACCCCCUCUCCGCCCGUCAACCACAACGGCAUGACGGGCCCCGUGGCCCACUACCCAAACGGUCACUACUUCCAAUCCCACGUUUGGAACAGCAGCAUCCUCCCUACACCCAACAGCGACAGCUCCGGCUCUCAGGACGUAGCCAUGCCAUUCCAUGGAGCGGGCCCGGGGGGGUGCGCCGCAAUCGAAUGCGGGCCCCCGGGGGCUCCCCAUUACAGGCUACCAGCGAGCUCCUGCACCUCCUCUACCCAGACUAAUCUGAUGCAAACCACAGAUUACAUGGGCGGGGACUUCCAGACGCCCUACUUCCGCGAUCACAAUCUGGGGUUAAUGGGCAAGAUGCACAGGCCCCCUGUGAGCAGGGUGGGGCCGGAGGUCGGGGAUGGUAGAAGCGCUCUCAUCCAGCAUCCAGGGUACAGAUAAGCUAUGGCCUUGUCUCCGCAAGUUAUCGACCCCCUUUGUUUAGUCUUAAGAAAACACGAUAACUUGACAAAACUGCAAAUCUUAAAGAGGGUAAAUGAAUAUAUUUAAUUCAUGAAGUAAAAUAGUUUUUUUUUUUUUUUUUUGGAUCAAUCUUGCAAGUGAUCAAUUGUUGUUUUUCUUUUUUCUUUUUUUGUUGUUGUUAGUGAAUGCUUCCACCUGGAACAUUUAGGAUUCACGUUCCAAAGCGCGUUGGCGAGUCUACUGUCAUUCCUGCUUUUUGCUCCACCAUACAUGUGUGUGCCUGGGUCUCGACAGAUCCUGUGUUAUUUCCACUUCACAAGUUUGUAAGUUUUCUCACGAGCAAAUAAACAUGUCAAUCCCUUUGCCGAAAAAGAGCGGCAACAUCUAUUGUUGGAUGCGCUGCGAGGAACUUCUGGCUCCGACUUGUCUUAUUGGACAAGGAAAGACUUUUUCUGUGUGUAAUAAUCUUGUUUGAGAGAACAGCCGUAAAAGUGUGUGUAUGUAUGCAGAGCUUUUACUAUUUUCAGAUGUAAUUAUUUAUUUGUGGAAUAGGACUAUUAAAACUUGAUUCCUUGCCGUCGCAUAAAGACAAACGCAAUCAGGUUGUUUGUAGAUUGCAAGGACCCAGCAGGGAGCGUACGUGUUGCCAUGGUGAUGUGCUCUGUCCUGCUUCAAAUGCUGCAAUGAAUUCAGGUGUUUUAAAAACCUCGCGGCCAGGAUUUGGUUACGAGGUUGUGAAAAGUUUUGAGCGGAAAGCUUGUAAGCGUUAAAGAUGGCCCGAGGCAAACGCUGACUUUCUGCGGCGCUCAACAUAAAUGAGAACACUCCAAAAGAUUUGUUAGAAAACACCAUUUUCAAAACACUCAUACAAUGUGGACAGGUGCAAAAGGUUUCUCUCCAGUGUGUGUGUGUUCUCUUGUCGAAUGAAUGCCCAAAGUAAGCUGGGAUAGACUUCAGCUCAACUGUUGAGCCCGUGACGCUAAUGACAACUAAGCUGUAUAGAAAAUGGAUGGAUGGAGUACACGCCAAAGGAAGUCGAGCAGACCUAAAUUAGAUUUUUUUUUUUUUUUUUUUUAAUGUAUUGUGGUGACAUUGACCAGGGAUGUGUAUCUUCAUGGGAUGGGCAGGAGAUGGAUUUAAAUGCAGUUGGCGUCAAAGGGAGUGGUUGGCUGUUUGAUUUGAAAACACUUAUGUGGAGAGAAAAGUAACAUGACUGGUUCUUGUCUCCCCACCUUGUAAUUUACCGCAUCUCCACAGUAUCCACAAUAAUUCAACCACAUGAGUGCAGCCAUCAUCACAAUUAAGAAAAUGCUCUAUGGCUGUUUAUGUUGAGCGUUGUAUUGGGGAGGUGUGUCAUUUUCUUUUACAAAGCAUUUUUUCCGGGAAACCAUGACAAAUGUAUUACUUGAAUGUGGAGAUAAUUGGUGUUGAAGGCGAUACAAUAGAUGUGAGUACAUAGUGUUACUAAUUUCACGUGGGAUCGAACUAAGCGCAGUUGGAUCCCGAGUGGAAGUGUGGUUGCUACUGAUUCUGAUGUGAAGACCAAAUUGAUCACUUGCAAGAUGACAGACAGAAACAAAGCAGACUUUUUACAUUGAACAGCAAACGCAUUGUUUAUUUUAUUGUACACUGGCUUACCUACUAGACUACUGUAACAUUUAAACUUCAAUGAAUGUGUGUGUGUGUGUGCGCGCGUGUGAAUGUGUUUAUUUGUGUGGUCAUGAUGACACCCAUGUUUUGUUCACCUACCAACCCCUAAAAAGCCUUAAUUGUUUGGUCCUCGGACUUUCCUCGAGCAUGGUUUUCAUGAAACCCCCAAAUAAUAAGGAUAAGGAAGACUGUGGUAAGAAGACAACAAACACAGGGUUUUGUUUUGUUUUUUUACCCUGGUCUUUUUAUUUUAAUUAAAUUGUAUUGACUAGACAGAGCAAUUCCGUAGAGAUUUGUUAUGGGAAGCAAGAAAAGGAGUGAUAUGUUAAUUAUACAAUAUAUUUUAGCAGUGUGUAGUUACUGAGCUGUAACAUUUUUUUUCCCCAACUUUCAAAGCUUCAGUUUUGCAGUUGUGACUAUUUAUAAUACUUGAUUUGCUUAUUUAUGUUUUUUCCCCCCUCCUGUUCAAUUGCUGUGAAAAGGAAGAAGGUCAUCUUUCAAGACGGAUCAGAAGCAAGCGCGUGAGAGUUGUGCUACUCUUUUUGUAAUAUUGUAAUAAUAAAAUAAAAUUCUAAUUUAUGCUUU